GGAGGAGGAGGAGGAGGUCGAAAGACGAGGAAGAGGAUAAGUAUAACAGGGAUGAAGGAGGAGGAGGAGGAGAGGAAGACGAGGAGGACUAAAAAGAGGAGGAGGAAGAAGAAUUACGAAGAUUACAGAAAGACGAAGACAGAUUAAGAAGAAGAGAGAAACAAGAAACACAGAAGAGGAAGAGGAAGAGGAAGAAGAAUCAACACACAAACGAAACAGAUAAACAAAAAUAACACACAAACAAGAUCAAGAAAACAAGAAACCAAAACAAAAACAAACACCAGGAAACUCGGAACACUCAAACUCAGAAGAAGAAAAAGAAGAAGGAGACGAGAGAGAGAGAAGGCCCGUGAUGUCGGUAGCGGCGGCGGCGGCGGCGGAGGAGGAGGAGGAGGAGGAGGAGGCGCCCUGCAUAUGCACUCCACAACUCUUUAAAAUGAUAAUCAGCCCAGUGUAAUUUGAGGGCGGGGCUGGGCGGCGUCGGGAUUGGCUGGCGGCGGGCGGUGGGCGGCGCGCGGCGGGAAGGGGCGGGACCAGGGCGGGCCAGCACCGGGAGACCACCGCGCGGAAGCCAGUUCCCAGCGCGACUGAACCUUGCGUGAACGUGUGUCAGCCUCGCACGCACACGCACACACGCACACGCAGGCCGCAGGAGGUGCCAGCGUGCCCCACACACCCGGCGGAGGCGCUGAAGGGGCGGGGAGUGCCAAGCCGUGUGUGUGUCGCGUCCAGUGCCUCAGCGUGCCAGCCGACGGUACCCGAAGUGCUGACUGGCGCUGCUGACGGUGCGGGAACCCAGCGGCCGCCCCUCGCUGACGUGCUGAGUGGUAUGCGGUCAGCAAGCUCUGCGGUCAGCCACGGACGCCCAGAACAACGACAAUGGCUCUUAUAAUGUGGCCGAGAAAUAUGGAAACCAAUCAACUGUCAGGUGACCCGCUGAGGAAGAUUGACCGCGAAAGGAUAGGAUCUCCGUCUACGAGAGAGAGCGGCGCGCUGAACGGCUGCGGGGAACGAGAGGAGGGAGGCGGCAGCGAGUGUGGCAGCGAUGGCGGGCCGCAGGACAUGCCUCUGGACGACUCAAUGGACGGCGCCCUGCCCCCGACGUCCUCCUCCUCCUCGGACAUACCCACCCCCACCCGCCCCCGUUCCCCCACCCCCAUCGGCCUGACCUCCGGCCCCCACCCCCUCCACAAUCCCCCGUCGCUACAGCUGCCCCCCACUGCCCCCAGACAUUUCCACCCCGUGAUUAACCUGGCGCGGGAUCUUACAAGUCGUGCGAGUAAUGGCGGCCGCUCCCCCACCCCCUCCCCCCCGCCCAUGAUGACCCCCCACACCUCCCUGCCCUCCCCAUCCCCCACGCCCACCGCCACCCACACGCCCAUCACCUCCGCCCCCUCCCCGCCCACCUCCGCCCCGCCCGCCCACUCAGUCCAGGCCGCCCUCGCCGCUAUCCAGGCUGGCUCCCUCUCGCUGAACCAGCUGAUGGCCCUGGGCGCGCAGGGCCCCGGCCUCCUCAUGCAGAACCAGCUGGCCGCCGCCGCCGCCGCCGCCAACCAGCUGCCCGUGUCGUCGCCGCUGCCCAGCCUGGGCUCACUCAACCCUCAGGAGCUGCAGGCGCUGCAGCAGACGUUGUCGCAGCAGCAGCAGCAGAUCCAGCAGCAGCUGCAGCAGUUCAUGCUCUUCUCACAGCCCAGCGCGGCAUCGCAGCUGCCACCCCAGGCACAGCUGUUCCUGCAGAGCCAGCAACUCCAGUACCUGCAGAACCUGCUACAGCAGGGGCUGCUGGCGUCCCCCGGGCUGGCCAGCAUGCAGGGGCUGCAGUCGCCGGUGUCGCAGGCGCCCACGCAGCCGCCCCACGCCCGCAGCGUGCACCACGCCGUGGCCCAGGCGGCCCAGCAGCUGCAGCAGCUGCAGAAGGCGCAUCACCAACAGCAGCAGCAGCAACAACAACAACAACAACAGCAGCAGCAGCAGCAACAGCACCACCACCACCACCACCACUCCCAGCAGCAGCAGCAACAGCAGGGCGGGCAGCAGGGGAUGGGCGGGGGCCGCGACCCCCUGCGUGACCUGCGGGACAUCCGCGACCUGCGCGAAGCCCAGAUGCGGGAGCUGCGGGACCCCCGCGAGCCCGCGCUGCGGCCCCCCCUGGACGCGCCCCACCUGGGCGGGUCGCCCCUGGCGCCGCACCUGCCGCCGCACACGCACCUGACGCGGCCGCCGCUGCCGCACUCGCCGCCGCCGCCGCCGCCGCGCCACUGGGAGCCGCUGCCGGAGGAGCCGACGGACCUGGAGGAGCUGGAGCAGUUCGCGAAGACGUUCAAGCAGCGGCGCAUCAAGCUGGGCUUCACGCAGGGCGACGUGGGCCUGGCCAUGGGCAAGCUGUACGGCAACGACUUCUCGCAGACCACCAUCAGCCGCUUCGAGGCGCUCAACCUGUCCUUCAAGAACAUGUGCAAGCUGAAGCCGCUGCUGCAGAAGUGGCUGACGGACGCCGACAAGACCAUCUCGGACCCCGCCACCGUCAACAGCACCAUCUCCUCGCCGGACGCCGUGGGCCGCCGCCGCAAGAAGCGCACCUCCAUCGAGACCAGCGUGCGCGUGGCCCUCGAGCGGGCCUUCAUCCAGAACCCCAAGCCCACCUCGGAGGAGAUCUCCAUGCUGGCGGACAGCCUCUCCAUGGAGAAGGAGGUGGUGCGCGUGUGGUUCUGUAACAGACGUCAGAAGGAGAAGCGGAUAAACCCUCCUUCGAGCGGUAUGAUCAGUCCGCCGCCCCUCAGCCUCAGCAGUACCAACAUGUUCACGGGGCAGCCCAUCACCUCGGCACUCUCCCUCACUUCUAUCGGCGGGCCUCCCCUCUCACCCGUGGGUACCCUCCCCUCCCCCCUCUCCCUCGUCACCCACUCCUACCCCCCGCCCUCACCCCCCGACGCCCCCACGAGUAAGGUGGAGUAAGGUAGUGGUGGUGGUGGUGGGGAUGUGUGGAGUUGAGGAUUGGUGGUGGUGGAGUUGGUGGUGGAAUUGGUUGGAUGAGGAUUUUUUUUUUUUCUUUUUUCUUGAUAUUUUUCUUCUUUGUCUUCAUUUAUUUUCUUCUUUUUUUCUUUUCUUCAUUUUUUUUCUUUUUUCUCCUCGUUUUUUUAUUUUCUUCUGUAUUUUCUUUAUUUUUUCUUUCUUCUUUGUCUUCCUUUCUUAUUCUGUUUUCUUCUUUCCCUUCCUCCUCCUCCUCCUCCUCCUCCUCCUCCUCUUUCUUCCUUUUCCCUUUUUCCUUCCUUCCUCCUGUCUUCCUUCCUUUCCCAAUCCCUCUAUUUUUUUCUUAUUUUUUUGUUCUACUUUUCCAUACUUUCCUCCUCCCUCUCCUCCCCCUCCUCCUCCUUCUCCUCCUCCUCCUCCUCCUCCUCCUCCUCCUCCUCCACCAUCCUCGUAAGUGCAAUGUCUCACGGCUUCUCCGGAGUGGUGACUGAGGGAAGAGGAAGAAGAAGAAGAAGAGGAAGAAGAGGAGGAGGGUCAAGCAAGGUCACAAUUUAAAGGUCACACUCAAAGUCUCUCUCUCUCUCUCUCUCUCUCUCUCUCUCUACGGGAAAGUGAGAGAAAAUGAAGAGAGAGAGAGAGAGAGAGAGAGAGAGAGAGAGAGAGAGGGGUCACUCAGGCUUACGUCAGUCUAUUAAAAAAGAGAAAACGGAACAAUUUAUCCACACUGAAAGGGUGACUUAUCUAUUCGCGUGCGUGCGUGUGUGCGUGUGUGCGGGCGUGUGGGGGGGAUGAGGGGUAGAGGGGGGCGUGUAUCAACCCCCCCUGACCCCAUUUGACCUCACCCCGCCCCCCCUUUCACCCCCCACACAAAAAAACAAUGAAACUAAGUGGUGUGGAUAUAAUAUUUAAAUUGAAUCUCCUCUUCCUCCUCCUCCUCCUCCUCCUCCUCCUCCUCCUUCUCCUCCUCUUCUUCCUCCUCCUCCUCCUUGACUAAGAAAGCCUAAAAUCCAUGCUCUUUAAGAUGAUAUGGAUGGAAUAGGUUGUGGAUGGAAGAGGAGGAGGAGGAGGAGGAGGUGGUAGAGUGGAGUGGAAAGUGAGGUGGAAAAAGAAGGAGGGAAGGCAAGUAGAGAACGAAAGUGGAAGAGGAGGAAGGAAAAUAAAGGAGGUGGAGAUGAAAAAAGUGGAGGGAAAGAAAAGAAGGAAAAAAAGGGGAAGGAAACAAGAUGGUGGAGGAAAAUAAAGGAAAAUAAAAAGAAAUAAAGUAAAUAAAAGGAAAAAGAAAACGAGGAACAGAAUAAGGAAGUGAAAGAAGAAGAAAAGUAAGAAAAACGACAUAGAGGAAAAUUAAAUAAAGAAAAGAAGAGGAGGAGGAGGAGAAGAAAAAGAAAAACUGAUAAGAAAAGAAAGAAAAAUAAAGAAAAACAAAGAAAUAAACGACAUAUAUGAGUGAAAAUAAAG